CGGCGAGGGGAGCCAGUGGUAACACGACUUUGUGUGACACGUCAAUGAUUGGCAAGGAAGGAAAGCCAAUUAUAAGCGUCAGGUGAGCCGCGUCGGGCGGGGCUUGUGCGCGUGUCGUGGGGAGAGAAGCGCAGGAGGGGAAGAAGCUGGCCUGCUGGUUGAAGAUGGCGGAUGGUGACAGUGGGAGCGAGCGCGGCGGGAGUAGCGGCGGCGGAGGGGGAGCUGGAAGCGGGACCGGGUUCCAGCACUUCCAGCGGGAGCAGGAGACACAGGAGCUGGCUUCCAAGCGGCUCGACAUCCAAAACAAGCGCUUCUACCUGGACGUGAAGCAGAACGCGAAGGGCAGGUUCAUCAAAAUCGCCGAGGUCGGCGCCGGGGGCUCCAAGAGCCGCCUGACCCUCUCCAUGUCCGUGGCGGCGGAGUUCCGCGACUACCUCGGCGAUUUUAUCGAGCACUACGCCCAGCUCGGACCCAGCAGCCCGGAGCAGAUCGCUCAGAGCUCCGGGGGGGAGGACGGCGGGCCUCGGCGGGCCUUGAAAAGCGAGUUCUUGGUCCGGGAGAACCGCAAAUACUACCUGGACCUCAAGGAGAACCAACGCGGGAGGUUCCUCCGGAUCCGGCAGACUGUCAACCGCGGCCCGGGGUUUGGACUGGGCGGGGGAGGAGGAGGGCCGGGCGGAGGUGUACAAUCCGGGCAGACCAUCGCCCUCCCCGCGCAAGGGCUGAUCGAGUUUCGGGACGCUCUGGCUAAACUCAUCGACGAUUACGGAGGGGACGACGAGGAGCUGGCCGGCGGGGGAGGAGGGGGGGCCGGCGGUUACAGCGAGCUGCCGGAGGGCACUUCCAUCAUGGUGGAUUCCAAGCGCUUCUUCUUCGACGUGGGCUCCAACAAGUACGGGGUGUUCCUGCGAGUCAGCGAGGUGAAACCCAGCUACAGAAAUUCAAUCACCAUCCCCUUCAAAGCGUGGGGCAAGUUCGGGGGAGCCUUCAGCCGCUAUGCCGAGGAGAUGAAGGAUAUUCAAGAGAGGCAGCGGGAUAAAACGUACGAGAGGCGAGGCGGGGAGGAAUCGGAGGGAGACGACGUUGAGGACGAUUGACUCUGCCUUGGCUCAGCUGCUAAACCCCGGCUAUAUACGAGAAACAACCCCCACCCCUUCCCCUCCCAAUAGACUUUAUUAAAACUCCCUUCAAGAUUAUAACUCCGAGCUGACGAACGGCAUCAACGAGAGAGAAAUUUUAAUUUAAGACGCAAAAAAACAAGGGGGGGGGGGCAGUUUAAAAAUAAAAAUAGUAAAUAGGUGCAUGACGAAUCAAACAUUUAAAAAAGAAAAAAAAAAAUCUUAUCGAGGAGUGAAUGCAGUUGACAACUGAUAUAAACAACAAAAAAUAUUUUGUGGUUGCAAAGAAUUAUAUAAUAAUAAUACUAAAAAGUCUAUUAAAUGGGCUGCGUUUUUUUGUAGGUGGUAAAGAUUAUUAUUAUUAUUAUUAUUGGAUGUUCCGAUUCUGAAAAAAAAGUAGAUAUAUAUAUUUUGUUUUGAAUAUAAUCGCAUUUUAUUUUGUCACAAUAACCAUUUUUUUUCCUCUGGCAAACCAGCAUUUGUUUUUUGUAACCUGUGUGAAGUUUAACGAUGCGGUGGGUUUUUAAAUCCUUUUUAAAAAAAAAAAGAAAAAAAGUUUAUUAAUUGAUUUAAAAUAAACGAGAAGACAAAAAAAAAUACCCACGCACCCCACCCGAGUACUAUAUACAGCCUGGGGUUUUUAAACUCGGAUAUACAUGUUGUGAUUUUAAAUGCAUCUUGCGGAUAAACAAAACCAGCAUCACGUGUGUGUUUUUUAAAAUCGUUUUUACACACGUUUGUCUUUCCGUGUCGGAAGCCCCACAGGGUUUUGUUACACGAUCCCCAGCUUUCCUUUGAAGGAAAUGUUAAUAAUAAAGAGGGGAACCCACGUGUGCACUCGGACCGCUAACAAUACCCGACUGUAGAGACAGCGUGGUCCGGGGGAGGGAUGCACGCUGGGGGCGAUUCAAAUGAACCGUGUCUGAAACGUUUUAAUAUCUACAGCUGCACCGUGUGCGAUGAUGUUACAAUAAUUGGGACAUUACGAUUUAUCAUUGAAAUGAAUAGAUAUAUAAGUAACAAAUAGUCUUAAACUGCAAAACGUUUAACUGAAUUACUAAAGGGAGUUAAAAAUUGACUUUUCGCAGCUGUGAAGUGCCCCAGGCUCAACCUUUUUUUUUUUUUUUUUUUUUACUCCAAACGUUUUGAGGACAAAAUCAUUGGAUUUAAAACCCAGAAUGGAGAGUUUUGUUACAAAAAAAAAACAACGGAGAUGACGUCAUCAGUAGCUGCCGCCGGACAGACAUGCGCACAUGGAUGCAUGCCUGGACGGUUCUGCGACUUCUCUCCUGAAGAACAUUCAAGAAAAACAAAAAAAACACACACACGUACAGGAUCGACUGCAGCUCCUCAAAUGCUUACGUGAAUACAAAAAAAUAUAUAUAUUUUUUUUCACCAAAAUGAAAAGCAGGAAGUAUGCAACAAAAACAGUUUCGGAUUCUGGGAAAAAAAGAAAUUUGAAAAAAUGACACUACAAAAAAAACCCCUAUAUUUAAAUGAAAAUCGUGACAUCUUGUAUAUUUGUUAGCUAUUCCUGGAUGGGAAUCAGACUCCCGUUCCACAGCAGUGUGAUCCACUCCUGGUUUCACUGGGAGUUUAAUAAUCAGACACACCUGAGCUUGUUACCUAGACACACUGGGGCUGAUCAAGCUGCUAGUAAAACCUGGACUGAGUGCCCCUGCUGUGGAACAGGAGUCUGAUUCUCACCAGUGCUAUUACACUCUCAACCCCUCCCCUCCUCCUCCCUGUUUUUCAUCAAAAUAUACAUGAUUUAAAUAAAUGUUCUGGACUUGAAGUUUGAACGGAGUCGCAAACUGUUCGUUAUUACAAGUUAAGUUAAUCUUUAAGUGUUUUAAUAAUAAUAAUAAUAAUAAUAACAAUAAUGGUGCAUUGCAUAUAACUGUUAGAGUCGUUAAUUUAUUGAAUUUUCUGAGCUCUGUAUGAUUAGCUUUAAUGAACCCACAUCCAUCAGUGUUUUUUGUUUGUUUUUUUGUGUAAAAAAACAGUCUCCCAGAAACAAUAUUUUCAACACCUGCAUUUUCAGUUGUGUAGGUGUGUGUGUUUUCUUUUUCUUUGAUGUUUCCAAAUGCAAAAUUUAAGGGUUUGUGUCGGUUAGACCGGGCAUUUUUUUUGAGCUAAAUACCAACAAAGGCAUUCGUCUUUUAUCACUGUCGUUAUUUUAAUUCUCUGUUCCUCGGCAAAGAAUUUGCUACGUCCUAUGAGAACAAUAUUAUUAUUAUUAUUAUUAUUAUUAUUAUGAAGAUGAUGAUGCAUCCUAAUUCUUGUACUGUAUUUCGUAAUAAGGCAGCUGUUUCUUCAGUCGUGUGUUUCCUGCUGUAGAAGUAUUAUAUUAUAGCAUUCUUAUUGUUGUUUUUAUUAAUCAAUGUAUUAAGUUCCUUUAAAAAAAACCUCUAAACAAAAUCUAGAAACCGAGGCUUAAAAAGUGAGGUUUUACCGGCAUGUUGGCUCCGGCGUGGGCGGCGCUCUGCGUUCUUCACAUACACGCUUUGAGCCGAAAUGGCAGACAUUGGGGCGGCAGUUUCAAAGCCACCCCUGCGCUCAGAGCCCGGGGUUACAAACCCCGACGCAGUAAUAAAACCGAGGCCGGCUGUGCUGCUGUAUCGCUGUGGUGUUUUUAAUGUGUCUCGAUGGGCUGUUUUCCAUCGCCUGUCCCUGUCAGUAAUAUAUGAGUUAGGUCUCUCUCGUCAGGGGAGAGUCUUCACCCUCUCUUCCACUCCUCUCUCUUCUGGUUGUGAAGCGGUUCUCGAAUCAGGCUUAUGCCUUCCCCUUUUCAAAUUUAAAUAAAUAAGCGAAAACAAAGAAAUCGUCCCGGAUUUAGACCAGCAAGCUUUUCAAAAUAUUAGUUUUAAGCUGCAGGGUUGGAAAUAAGACUCCCAUUGCACAGCAGUGUGAUCCAGUCCUGGUUUUACUGCGAGUUUAAUAAUAAGACACACCUGAGCUUGUUAGCUAGACACACUGGGGCUGAUCAAGCUGCUAGUAAAACCUGGACUGGGUGACACUGCUGUGCAAUAGGAGUCUGAUUCCCAUCCCUGAAGCAGCGUGGCCCAGACAUACUUUCAAAGCAAGUCUUUCAUUAACUAAUUUUAAUUUUUUUUUUUUUUUUUAAGUCAAAAUGAAAAAAGUUUGUAUGAGUUUCAAAAUGCAAAGAGCAUUUGUGUCUGCUGGUGAGCCAACUGAGCUCUGAGUUACUUAACUAGACCCUUCAUUGAGCUGAUAAUUUGCUUAAUUAUCUUUCUUUUUUCAGCUCUGGAAAGCUGUUGUAGAUUUCAAGCUGGCUGUAACGUUUUUAUAAGUAACUUAAAAAUCCAUCGCUUCGUUCCAGUUCUGUAAAAUUAACCCAGACUUUCAAAAAAUAGGAGUUAAUUAACGGCUGAAGUAAAGGCUUUGGAAAUGCGGGCUGUGUAUUAUUAAUUAUUAUUCAUGAGUCAUUUAGCAGACGCUUUUAUCCAAAGCGACUUAGAGAGACUAGGGGUGUGAACUCUGCUUCAUCAACAACUGCUGCUGCUGCUGCUGCAGAGUCACUUCCAAUAGGACCUCGUUUGUUUUACGUCUCAUCCGAAGGACGGAGCACAAGGAGGUUCAGUGGCUUGCUCAGGGUCACACACACACAGAGGGAGUCAGUGGCUGAGCCGGGAUUUGAACCUCCUGCUAUCAUCAAACCCGUUUUUCUUUAGCCAGGGUAGCAAAAUCUGGGCCUGUUUCAGUACUGCAGCCAAAUUGCCAGCGUCAUACAUUUGCAACAGUGGCUCUGUGGGUUUGAAAAACAAAACAAAAAAAACGACAAGUUUGUGUUUGAAACCGAAGCGAUGACUAUCAGGGGCAAGCGAAGCUCUGGGUUGAGAACCACGUGGUGUAAACGACAGCGUUGCUUUUACGAUGGUCAGCCCCCAGGGGGAACUAAAGAUUUUGAGUAGCUAACAGGAGCGGGGGAGGGAUGUCCAAAUGAGUCUUUCUUUUUGACCCGUGUACCCACCCCCCCCCCUCCCCCCAUCCCGCUAAACGAGUCUUCUUUCCAUGAUGAAGUUGUGUAUUGAUAAUAAAAGCACAUUAGUGCAAUUUAAAGGACA